CCCAGGGUGGCCGGGGCUUUCCCUCCUCCGUCCGUGGGCACAUUCCGAGAGCGCCACCCCCGGGGUCGUGUCGCCUCCGGUCGGAGAGAUUAGGGACCGAAGCACCGAGCUAAGGACACGCUGGUCUCUGCGUGGACGUUCCUGGAGUCUGAGGCUUUAAGAGCCCCUUCUCCCCAAAUUGAAAGGAGGGGCUGCCCUUGGCCGGGGAGGGGUGGCAGGUUUCCUUCUGAGGAACAAAGAGUGAGGGGGCGGUACGCAGCUCAGCCCCGGACAGUAGGCCACCUGCUGUUUGCCUUCUCCCUUUUUUUUUUUCCCUGAUUGGUGGAAGAUUCUUUUGUUUCUGAGCCAGGUUUGAUGGUUCCCUCCCCUUUGCUUCGGGACCCUGGUGAAAAGAAAGCGUGUGGGGCAUCUGCCACGUGUUGAGUGCCAGCGGGUGCUGGGGGGUGUGCGGCGCGUCGUGGGUCCGGAGACUGGCUGGGUGCCCCCGCAGAGAGGCAGGACCGCGCUCCAUCCACCCGGCACCGGGGCCCCGUGGGCUUUGCUAGCCCUGUUUUGGGAGGAGUGGGGGAAGCGAGCAGGGAAGGGACGGCCACAGGACGGGCUUGGGUUCCGGUUUCCGAGAAGUGCAGGGCAGCGAUGGGGAGCCAGACUGGGGGCCCCCAAGUGGGUACAGCAGUUGACCGGGACUCUGUAACCUCAGUCACUGAAAGUGACAUUGCAAGCAGCGUCUCGGGGAUACGUGUGUCCAUUCCCCUUCACUGCCACCCUCUGUGAGGUCGCUCCCUGCUGGCGCUUUAGAAAACCUAAAUCCUCGGAGUUCUGUCCUCCUGGGUCAGAACAUGGAGCCCUCAGGCCAGGAACCGCCUGCCUUGUUUCAUUCCACGCGGGCUUGUGUGCUGGUCUCUUCCUUUUGGAUCUAAAGACUGAAGCCGGUGCCUGUCUUUUUAGUCUCUGCAGCACCUGCUGGGUGUCUGGCAUUGCCGGGUCCUGGUCCUUCAGCCGGGAGUGAGCCCUGGGCCCUCCCCUCCUGGGUGACAGCUGAUGCACCAGCCGUCACCCUGUUCUAAGUGGUGACGCAUGCUGAGAGUUGCAGGGGUCUGUGGGGGCUGAUAAGGGGGGUGCCUGAUGAGAUUGGGGCCAUCAGGGAGGGUUUCUAGGAGGAGGUGACAGAUGAGCCCUGACAGUGGAGCGGGGAGGUGGUCCAGGCUGGUGCAGAGGCCUGGGAGGCUGAGGGCUCCUGGAGCGCCCCGAGAUCAUCAUCUCUCCACCUGCUCGGGGGCCUCUCGGGGCCUUAGCCCCGAGCGUGGGGGUCUGGCGGAGGGGAAAAGCAGGGGGAAUCUCCAAAUGGGCUGGAGAGCUGCGAUUUCAGGUUUUCUCCGGCUCCAUUGAGAGCCCGAGUGGGAAGAAGUUCCGGAGCAAGCCCCAGCUGGCGCGGUACCUGGGGGGCUCCAUGGACCUGAGCACCUUCGACUUCCGCACGGGCAAGAUGCUGAUGGGCAAGAUGAACAAGAGCCGGCAGCGCGUCCGCUACGACUCCUCCAGCCAGGUCAAGGGCAAGCCCGACCUGAACACGGCCCUCCCCGUCAGGCAGACGGCGUCCAUCUUCAAGCAGCCAGUGACCAAGAUCACCAACCACCCCAGCAACAAGGUGAAGAGUGACCCCCAGAAGGCAGUGGAGCAGCCCCGGCAGCUCUUCUGGGAGAAGAAACUGAGCGGCCUGAAUGCCUUCGACAUCGCCGAGGAGCUCGUGCAGACCAUGGACCUCCCCAAGGGCUUGCAAGGUGUGGGACCUGGCUGCACGGAUGAGACCCUGCUCUCGGCCAUUGCCAGCGCCCUGCACACCAGCACCAUGCCCAUCACCGGGCAGCUCUCGGCUGCCGUGGAGAAGAACCCCGGCGUGUGGCUCAACACGGCCCAGCCGCUCUGCAAGGCCUUCAUGGUGACCGACGAGGACAUCAGCAGGAGGAGCUGGUGCAGCAGGUCCGCAAGCGGCUGGAGGAGGCGCUGGUGGCCGACAUGCUGGCGCACGUGGAGGAGCUGGCCCGGGACGGCGAGGCGCCGCUGGACAAGGUGGGCGCCGAGGACGACGAGGAGGACGAGGACGAGGAUGAGGAGGAGCCUGACCAGGACCCGGAGAUGGAGCGCGUCUAGAGCAGAGGCCCCACCGUCUGUGGCCGCCCGCAGACUCGGCCCUCGGCGCGUCAGGACCAGGCUCGGUGCCCGGCCGGGAGGAAGGGGGCCUCUCUUCGCCCUUCCCAGGCGUGUCCCCUCUCCGGGCCGCAGGGGCGCCUGGGGGCACGGCUGGAGGACGGCCCCCGCCCAACGGACCCCACGUUUGCUCUUCUCUAAAGGGCCCGGAUCCCCGAGUGCCCGUCUGCAGGAGGCCCCUCCUCGGGGUCACCGCUCCCCCUGGACUCGGGGCACCGUGCCCCUGACCUUGGCCCCGUGGCCGCCACCCUGAGCGCCUCACACAGGACAGCCGCCACGGGGUGGGACGAUGUUGCAGGGCCAGUCCUUCUGGAAGGGGGUGCAGGACGGCUGCCCCGUGCGCCUGCCCCACCGGGCGAAGCCGUGACGCCCGGAGCACAGCCGGAAGCAGACGGCACAGCCCAGACGCUUCCUUCACUAAACCCUGGUGUAGACGGGCCUGGCCUGCCUGGUCUCUUGUGUUUGCUGCACGUGGACGUGAACUUGGCCCUUGCUUCUGGAAGCCUCCUCUGAGGGUCAGCCGUCGGCGAUGGAGAGAACUGCUCGCGGCUGGAGGAAGCGUGGCUGGACGCACCAGGCCAGGGCUCCGAGGCACCUCUGCUAUUGCCGACCUCGUGCCUCAGUUUCCCCUGUUCCCAGGGACAGUGAGGCCCGGCUCUCGGGGCUGUGGCGGCCGCGGCUCCUCUGCCUUCCUGUCCCGGGUGCAUUUACGGCCAAGCAUUUCCCAGCACCAGGCGUCCGGAGCAGCAGCCUCAGGGAGCUCUGGGCGCAGGGGUGUUGGAGUCCGGCCCGAGUGCCUUGGUGAGGGCAGCUUCCAUCCCCUCCCCUCGGCUCGGGAGUGCCCUCGGGGGCCUGUCUGCCCUGCCCCGCAUCGGCCUUAAGCCCACAGAGGGGUCGUCCAGGGGAGCCCCACCCAUAGCCCCCGUCCCCACUCGGCCCUGCCCAGCAGCCUGUGACCGUCGGGAAGGACCCGGGUGGUGGCCUCACUUGGCUGGAUGCCCUGGCCGAUCCGGGGGUGGGGAUGAUGGGGGCCCCCCUCAGAGUGGGGGAGGUCGCUGCCCGCCGUUGGCCUGGGACCCCAGCUGACCGCAUCCUCCAGUGUCAAGUCGAAGCACAAAUCUUCCAGAGCUACGGCCGCCGCUGCUGGGGGUGGGCUCUGCCCCGCGUGGGCCGUGGCCGUGGCUGGGCGCCACAGGCAGGGCACCCCAGAAAGGCCCCUCCCCUGAGGCCGGAUGUCGGCCCACCCCUCACGAGGCCGGGGCCGCAGGGGGGCCUGUGGGACCGAAUAAAGCCAUCCCGGGCGCGUGUGGUUGAAUUCUGAA